CUGUAAGUAUUUUUUUUUCUUUACUGAAAGUUCGUUAAGCACAAAAAAUAUGAAACCAACAGGGCACUUUAUAACCACACCCCUUGACACCUCAUCAGCUGAUGGCCAUUGCCAUGAUGAGGAUGAGACCCAUCAGAGAGCCACAGGAGUGCCUUUAAGUUCAAUGACUUGAAGUUAGAUACAAAAAUAUAGGAAUAAUUUAAAGCAGUUAACUCCUGUUAUUAGAAUAUCCGGUUUAUUUAAAUUAAUUACUUGACCUUCAGUGUUAUGUGUUUAUCUUAUAUUCUUUUUUUAUCCUAUGUGUAAUCCAAUAAUUAUAAUCUAAAUAUUUUUAUUGGUUAUUAAGCACGAAAGGCUAACUUCAGUUCGUAAGUGGUGGUAAUUUUUUAUCUAACGAGGGAGGUAUUUUCGACAGGAUCGGAUUGCAAUUAUUUCUACUAAGUUACCCACUGAUUUGCAACUGAAUUUAACAAAAAUGUUUAAUAAUUAUUUUCGUUUAUUUGUUAUGUUUUCUUUAACUCUUAUUUUAGGUGUAACUACGAAGGAGAUGAACUUGCACAAAAUAUUUGUAUAUGGAACUUUAAAAAGAAAUGAACCGAAUCAUUCUUGGUUUGCCAAAAAUGCUGAAGGAUACUACAAAUACAUUGGAGAUGCUAAGACAGUCGAAAAAUUGCCGUUAAUAAUAGCUACAAAAUACAACGUGCCAUUUAUUUUAAAAAGCCCAGGAAAUGGCACUAAUAUUAUCGGUGAGGUAUAUGAAGUAGACGACAAAGUUUUUGCCGAUUUAGAUAUAUUAGAAGAAUAUCCAGAUUUUUAUACACGAGAACAGUUUGACGUUACUUUGUUAAAUGGUGGUUCUUCUGUAAAAGUGUGGAUCUACGUUAUUCAGAACUUUAAUCCGAAGUUAUUAAAUGAAACGUAUUAUGAAAGUUACAGCAAUUCAGGGUCUCAUGGAAAGCCAUAUGAUCCUAGUUACUUGAAAGCUAAUGACGGAGGAACCAAUUCCUUAGACCUAUAUACCGAUCAAUCUACCUGAUCAAGCUGACCUAAUUUGUAGUAGUAGUUGUAGUUACUAACAUUUCUGUUAUCAAUAUUGAUGAUAUUACUUUCUCAAACUACUUUAUUUUAGAGAUGCAUCCACACUUGAAGAAUUAAAUGCAUAAAAAAUGAAGAUAAUCAGCAGCAGAUGUUAUUUUUGUAGUAUUUCUUACUGCCAAAAAUUAUCCAGAGUUAGUCAUGCAAAUAUGUAUUGAUUUUUUGAUUCUAUUGUUAAGAUUUUCUGAUUGUAAUAUGAAAAAUAAAGAUUAAUUUUGUUUUAA